AUGGCUCCCAGGAUCUAUAGAUAUUGGCCCACCAAUAGAUCUGUCAAUAUCACUGUGCUUGUCUUACCUGGCUCCUUCUCUCUGUCUCGUCUAUUGCCCAUCGGGCCUAAAGAGGGGUGGCAGGUGUACAGCUCAGCCCAGGAUGCAGACGGACGUUGUAUCUGCACGGUGGUGGCUCCAGAACAGAGCCUGUGCUCCAGGGAUGCCAAGAGCCGCCAACUCCGCCAACUACUGGAGAAGGUCCAGAACAUGUCUCAGUCCAUUGAGGUGCUGAACCUGCGAACCCAGAGGGACUUCCAGUAUGUCAUGAAGAUGGAGUCCCAGAUGAAGGGCCUAAGGACCAAGUUCAGACAGAUUGAGGAUGACAGGAAGUCCAUCAUGGCUAAAAACUUUCAGGAGCUUAAAGAUAAGAUGGAUGAGCUGAAGCCGUUGAUCCCCGUGUUGGAGCAGUACAAGAUGGAUGCCGUGCUCAUCUCCCAUUUCAAGGAGGAGAUCAAGAACCUGUCUGCGGUGCUGAUGGGGAUCCAGGAGGAGCUCGGGGCCUACGACUACGAUGAGCUCUACCAGCGAGUCCUUCGUCUGGACAGCAGGCUGAGAAACUGCAUGGGCAAGCUAACAUGUGGAAAAUUAAUGAAAAUCACUGGUCCCGUUACAAUAAAGACGUCUGGAACCCGGUUUGGGGCGUGGAUGACUGAUCCCCAAGUGACAACAAGAAACAACAGGGUCUGGUAUAUGGACAGUUACGCCAACAGCAAGAUUGUGCGCGAGUACAAGACAAUGGCCGACUUCGUGGCAGGCGUGGUCUCUCGAACCUACAGCCUCCCGUUUAAAUGGGAGGGCACAAACCACAUCGUGUACAACGGCUCACUGUACUACAACAAGUACCAGAGCAACAUCAUCGUCAAAUACAGCUUUGAGACGGGCACCGUGCUGGCGCAGCGGGCUCUGGAGUUUGCCGGCUUCCACAACAUGUACCCCUACACGUGGGGCGGGUUCUCCGACAUCGACAUCAUGGCGGACGAGCUGGGCAUGUGGGUGGUGUACGCCACCAAUCAAAACGCCGGGAACAUCGUGGUCUCGCAUAUCGACCCGGACACCCUGCAGGUCCUGAAGACCUGGAACACGGAGUACUCCAAAAGGAACGCGGGCGAGUCGUUCAUGAUCUGCGGGACGCUGUACGUCACCAACUCGCACUUCUCCGGCGCGAAGGUGUACUACGCCUACUCCACCAAGAGCUCCACGUACGAGUACAUCGACAUCCCCUUCCACAACCAGUACUUCCACAUCUCCAUGCUCAACUACAACGCCAGAGAGAGGGCGCUGUACGCGUGGAACAACGGACACCAGGUGAUAUUCAACGUCACCCUCUAUCACGUCAUAAAGACGGAGGACGACUCUUAA